AUGAAAGUGGAAAGUUCAACUGAAGAGUAUUGUAUUACAAAGAAUGCAGUACCAGAUGUUCAAGGACCAUUAACAAAAAGAGCAAAGUUUCAUGUAAAUGCAUUAUCAUUUGAUCAGAGGAUUUUGGACAUGAUCCCAGAUAUGAUAGAAGAUGAGAAAUUUCAUAUGAAUGUUAGAUGGAGUUUGAAGAUGCUUGAAAAAUCAGUUCGUCUGGAUGAAAAGCCUCUUAUCCAAAAUUGCAUAUAG